AUGAAUUAUCAGGAUGAUGAAUAUGAGCUAUCGGGAACCAGUACACAUACCUCGGAAGACCAAGAAUCAAAUCUUCUCUCCUAUGACCACGACUACCACUAUGAUGAUCCGCAGUCCCAUCUCUUUCCUGGCCAGAAUGUGUCCAGUGUUGUCAAUCCUGCGGUGACUGCCCGCUUUGCAUCUUUGGCACCAGCAUGGCUGCGCAAACCACACCGCCAGAGGCGUGUAUGGGUCCGGGCAAAGCGUCGAGAGCGCUGUUGCUCAUGUUCUCCGAGAUUCCUCCUACGAAAAUUUGCCCUGUUCAUCUACCUCCUCUUCACGACUAUCUUCAUUCUCCUCGCAGUUGGAGCGAUUUUCUUCCCGGGAUACACUCACCUGCCCGCCCAUUAUCAAGCUCUGCGAGAACAGGCACUGGCUUCUGAUAGUCCGGGCCGUGUCAAUUUGCAAAACCAAAAAGUAUUCAUAGCAGCGAGCAUCUACGACAAGGGUGGAAAGCUUUGUAGCGGGGAUUGGGCACAGAACGUACUGGAUUUGAUACAAUUGUUGGGACCGAAGAAUGCAUUUCUGUCGAUAUAUGUGAAUGACUCGGGCCCGGAGGCGAAGAAAGCGCUGGAGAACCUCCGGCAGCGAGUACCUUGUGACCACGAGCUGGUCUUUGAGGAUCAUCUGGAGUUGGAUGAACUACCUCACAUCACCACUCCCGAUGGGUCACAACGAGUUAAACGCAUCGAAUACUUGGCCGAGGUGCGAAACCGAGCCUUGAGGCCUCUUGAAAUUUCCAACACGACCUUUGACAAGCUUCUAUAUCUAAAUGAUGUGGUUUUUCACCCGAUCGACGCGGCGCAAUUGCUAUUCUCAACGCACACCGUGGCAGAAGGGACCACCGAUUAUCGAGCCGCAUGUGCGGUAGAUUUCAUCAACGCGUUCAAAUUUUACGAUACUUUUGCCACGAGAGAUAUGGAUGGCUACAGCAUGGGAUUGCCCUUCUUUCCAUGGUUUUCGGCCAACGGUGACGAGCGAACCCACCAGGACAUCCUCGACGGCAAAGAUGCUGUCCGAGUCAGAAGUUGCUGGGGCGGCAUGGUCGCAUUUGAUGCCCGAUUUUUCCAGAAACGACCGGGUCAAGACGUUGAACCAGUAACGGCAGGAAAUCAAAGCCCCGGCAAUCUCACCGUUCCUUACAGGUUCCGUGCGGAGAAGGAUCUUUAUUGGGACGCCUCAGAAUGUUGUCUCAUUCAGGCAGAUAUCCAGAGCCCAGAACCAGGACAUUCGGGGAUAUAUUCGAACCCCUUUGUACGGGUGGCGUAUGACUCCAAAACGUUGUCAUUAUUGGGUUUCACUCGACGGUUUGAGCGCCUCUAUACGCCAGUCCACUUCUUGCUGGAUAUUCUCACCGGUGCACCGGGAUACAACCCAAGGAGGUACGAGGUACCGUGGCAAGAAGUGGAGGAAACGAUUUGGAUUCCCGAUGAGAAAUCAGAGGACGGCGGUUCUUUUCAACAAGUGACAAGGAUCGCUACCCACUCUGGCUUUUGUGGACGCCAAAGCCUCCAAGUGAUGAAAGAGAAUAUCACUGAGGGGGAAAGAAACUGGGAAUUCUUGCCAGUACCAUCAUGA